AUGUUUAAAUUAGUACGAAUUGAUGACGAAAACCAUCCCGAGAUUCCAUUGUUGGAUGGAAAGCAAGUAAUUGGCCGGUGUCAAUUUGAUUGUGAUGACAAAAGGAUCUCCAGAAACCAUGCAGAAUUAGAGACAACAACUGAUACAGUUAUUAUUAAAGCUUUACAUACAAAUCCAUGCUUUUACGUUAAUAAAAAUAUGCCGGGUGCAAAAACAAUAAACCAAAAUUCCACUGUAUGUGGAUUCGUUGGCGAUAAAAUUGGUUUUUUGCCUGACAAACUUUGGUUUGAAAUUAGGAAUAAAGACAUAAAUGGUGACAAACCGGUAGAUAUAAGUGAUAUUCAACCUCUUAGAUAUCUCAUACAGAAGCGUAAGGAUAUAUUGGAAACGAGUAAAAAUGAUAAUUCUGAAAAUGUGCCUAAUAGGAGUGCAGUUACAGAAACUAUCACAGUCAAGAAAGAAUUAAAUGAAACAAAUGUACGCUUAGAUCCGCCAAGUUCGCCGUCGAUAUUAUCUACUGAAAAAACGCAAGUAUUAACACAAUUAAGUGAGCUAGAGGAGUCAACAAAUCAGACACCUGGAAAGAGAUGUUUGUGUAAAGAAGAACCUGUUAGCCCUUUUGCUUUAAAGAAAGUGAAAAAAGAGGAAAAUACGGAAAACGACAAGCCCAAGUGUAGUGAUAGUCAAGCGAGUUCAUCGGGCACAAGCACAGCCAAUGAUGACCAGUUUACAUCGAAAAAGGUCCUGCCGAGGCGAGAGAGAUGCAUGUAUGGAGCAGAUUGUUAUAGGAAAAACCCUCAACACAAGGCGCAGUUCAGCCACCCGAGUGAUUCCGAUUGGGGUUCGGGGCCGCAAGCGCCGUGCCCUUACGGUCUGGCCUGCGCGCGUCGCGACCCGCGACACUGGCGCGACCACACGCACCCCGACGGCAUGCACCCUCCGCCGCCACCAGGUAAAAGGAAAAACAGAGUGAAGAAUAAUACUGGCAAGGACUCACCAGUAGAAGAACUAAUCGUAACCGGAAAAAGAGCACGGAAAAUUGUGCAAAGAGAAGUGUGGAGUGGAAGUGAGUCUGAAGAAGAUCCGUAUCAUACCGACGAUUCCGAUGACUGGAACCCUCCGAGCGACGUAUCCGAAAGUCAAGACUAUUCACAGAUUAUUUGA